GUUUUGGGACUUGAAAUUAUAUAGGGGUGUACGCUUUUGGUUGUGCCAUGGAGACACGUUUUGAUUUCGUGCAAUGGCUGGACACUGACGUGUCUCUAGACAUUAUGAUGCGUUUGAAUGAUCCAGCUGAUGUGGUCCGUGCUGGCUCUGUUUCACGCCGUUGGCGCCAAUUUGUGAUUACCAACGGACUCUCUAAGCUACUCUGUGUGGGGAGGUUUCAGCAGCUUUCUAGGAUUGCCCUGAUAACAGAACUAGAUUUGAGUGCAUCAGAAGCGAAAGACGUUGGGUCUAGCAAUUCCAACUGGGAGACUCUAAAAAGAGACCAUGAAGUUUAUUCUUCUCUACUUCAAGCUAUUGAAUCAUCAAAGUCAUGUCGAAAUGAUUGCAUAGGCUAUGCAGUCAGUGCUUCAAGCACGGACAAUUAUCCAGAUGAAAGUAUUGUCAAUACCUUAAUCCCGAUGGACAAAUAUCUAAAUAGACCUUCCUACUGGUCAAGUAAAGGACACAGUGAUCCGAAUGCCCCCGAGACACUAAUUUACAAAUUGAAAGCUGAUCUAUGUGUGAUCACCGAAGUUUUUAUGCAACCUUUCGAAGCUUAUUUCCAGCCUGGCAAGCCCAUAUAUUCUGCAAAAUCUGUUCGAUUUCGAUUAGGGCACCCCAAAUCCUCGAAGGAUGAGAGUGAUCUCCUGAAAAUGCCCCAGCAACAGCCUGCUGAUGACAAGUUUAUAUGGACUUAUACUUCUGAAGAAUUCCCUAUGACGCAGGAAAAAUGCUUUCAGCGGUUCAACCUGCCAGAACCUGUGCUUUGCGUUGGUGGAUAUCUGCAGAUUCAACUUUUGGGCAGAGUUCAGAGACAAGAAAUGGACGACUUGUUUUACAUAUGUGUUAGUCAUGUAAGAGUCGUAGGGAGACCUCUGGGCCCUGCAUUCGACAUAGAGGUCCUAGAGCCGUCUCAAGAAUUUGUGUUGAAGUACAAUCGAGAUGUUUUUGGAUGCAUGUUGCAAAGCUUGACUAAUGGAGGUCAUCAAGACUCAAAUAUUCCUCCAACACUAUCAGAUGACCUUGUGGUUGAUGCUGGCAUUGUGGAGUUCUUUUUACAGAACCACCAUCCAGGUUUCGAACUCAUGGGAUGGGGGGACGACGACGAAGAGGAUGAUGAUGAUGAUGAUGAUGAAAUGGAUGAAGUGGGAUUUUUGUAAUUUAACAUCGCGAUUAAUGCAAGUUCGUUCGCUUGUCUUUGAUGGUCCUUAAUUAAGUAGUUUUCCAGCAGUUCUUUCUGUACUUAAAAGUUUUAGAGCUGCAUAAACCCUUAUGGAUGAAACUGUAUUUUUGUUGAGAUGCUUCUACUUUGCUUUUGCACAUUUUUCAAUAACAAAUCAGUAAAGAGAUGCAUUCUCCUU